AUGCUGGCGUCCCUGCGGACUUACCUCACACGCAAAGUUCAUGCAUCGCAACGGCUAUGUGUGCUGCGUGCGCGCCCGAAGGCCAGCGGUGUCCUCGUGCGUCGCAAGUACCUCGCACUGGACGCCCGAGACGCCCGAAAAGCGGUAUGCAGGCUCUUCGCCUCGGACCACCCUUUUGCAGUAGAACGUCUGCGACGACGGUCCCCACCAGUUCCUCGCGAAUGGCGAAUCUGCAGAUUCUGCCGAGGACGAAACAUGGUCGAGGACGAGGCACACGUGUUGAUGUUGUGUCGCGCUGAGCCUCUCCGGUCACGACGCGGCGCUUUUAUGCAGGCGGUGUACGCGGCCCUUCGCUCAGAGAAACGAGCGUGGCCGGAACAGUCCCCCCUGUCAUUCCUCAAUGCAGUGAUCGCGGAGGAGUGCACGGAGCAUAUCGCCGCUAAAUACAUUCUUGACAUGUUCCAAUGCUGUGACGCCGUCCCCAUCCUGGUGGUCACCAGCGUGGAGCAAUUCCACUCUUACGCAAUGCCGUGA